GAAGGAUCUCGGCAUAUGACUUUCCCUUCAAUUUAACUUAAUUGAUUCCCGCGAAACCAAAGAGACAGUUCUCAAGUUUCUCUAUUCAGGAGAUGUGUUCUGACCUUGCGAUAGAGGACGAUUCACGGAACUUGAAUAGAUAACAAACUUCUGGUUUUGUGCCUGAGAAAAAUAAAUGGUCAAAAAACACCCGCACAAUGGGGCAUUUCUGUUUUGAUGUAUAUGAUCCACGCUGCUUGCUUAUGUAUUUAAUCAAGAAUUUGAAUGUUUCCUUCUAUCUUUACGAUAUGUCAUGUUCACUUAAAAAUGACCCCAAUCCAAUAUCAAUUUGGUUUUCCAAUCCAACUUAUCAUCAGAAACUGAUUUUUGUGUACUAAACUGAUAAAAACAUUUCGUUUUUGGCCAGGGCCCAUUUUUGAAUACCGUCCGACGCGCAUUCUUGUCAGCCUUCUCUCUAUUACAACCCUGAUAAAAGUUAUCGAUUUUCCUUUGAAGUGCACCUUUUCAAUUCGCAUGACGAUAAAAAGAUGAACGCCACUUGACUUAAUGGCUAAACUGCCUAUUGACAAUCGAUUGUCAAUGACUAUUGCUCUAAAGAUAGAAAAGGCUGUUUAAAAGAGGCGCAUUGCUUUUGUCACAAGCAACACUGGUGCCUUAUUGUGUUUUGAUUUGGUAAGGGGAGAUAAGGAUAUCUUUCUUGCCCUUCUUGUAUUAUUAUAACACGAACAGUCCACACAACAUGGAGACUUGCCAUGUAUAGGUUAUAUUCUUGUUUGUUUAAAUGUAUACAUACCCUGUAUAUUCACAAGGCUUCAUCUUAUGUAGGUCGUUCCUUCAAUUAUGUCCUGUUUAUAUAUAGCUUUUUGAUAAAAAUGUCGAUAAACGUUUGCUUAAAAAUACGCAUGGAUCAGUGCUGCUUCCACUUAUUGAGUUUUAAGGGUUCAAAUCACGAGGUGACGAAAAUCUGGCAAUUUUAAUUUCCAGCUGAUGUGCAUCGACCAAAAGGAUAGCCAUAACCUAUAUGCAAAGUUUUGAAACGGUUAAAUGCGAUACAGAUAUAAUGACCCCCUGCCCCUUUGUUAAUUCCUUAUUUAACGUAGUUUAUGAGAACGGAGUCUAUUCCCCUCCUGGUCCAUAUAGAUAAGAGAUGUUCGCCGGUGUCAGAGUUAAGUCAUUCCUAGCUGACUUGACAGGAGGUUGUACCUCUUGUCUGUUGCUCUGAUUCUUCCUUUUGCAAGAUGGAACUGGAUCAGGCAAGCAAAGAUCAACCAAUAAUGACUAAAAUGACAGAAAACUCUUCGAGCUCCGCUCCUCCAAAACGGCGUCGAGAAAGGACUACAUUCACUAAAGCUCAACUGGAUGUGUUAGAAGAUUUAUUCAGUAAAACAAUGUAUCCAGACGUAUUCAUGAGAGAAGAGGUAGCCAAAAAGAUCAAUUUAGCGGAGGCACGAGUUCAGGUUUGGUUCAAAAACAGAAGGGCUAAAUAUAGACGGUCAAGAGAGAGUCCUGGAAGGCUGGAUCACACGAAGGCUUUUCUAGGUAGAGACAAAGGAUCUCCUAAUGAGUUUGUGCGAUCAUUUAAACCAGGUGGAGCUUUUCCUCAUCCUUAUCAAAACGCGGGGUCUUUUCCUCUAUGGAAGUAUCCAUCAGGAGAACACCCAUCAGUAUACAGUGGUAGUGUUCUAGAAGAGAAUUACAGAGCGAACAAUAGUUAUGGAAGCUUACCGUUCGAUUACCCAAGCUACAGUAGUAGUCAGAGACCAGCAUCGUAUUAUCCACAGACAUUUUACAACCCUUCAGGACACUCGCAGGAUUAUCUCGGGGCGACCGCGGGUAACGCAGUAACGACAAGCACCAGUACGGUUUCAAGUAUGUCCUACACGCCUGACAAAUCAGCAACUAGCGAACUAAAUCUACCUGCUUUCCAGUGGAGCGGAUAUAUGGGCGCAAACAUGUAACUAGAAUUUUUCUAAUCCUAGCUUGUCGUGAAUAUUCUACGCUAUUGACUGGAUUUUAACUGUAAAAAAAGUGCGAAGAGAACUGUCUGGAGAUUUUAGAAACGGAACACGUUCCAUAUUACAUUGCACCGAUUUUCGAUUGCAAAGAUGUCAGUAGCAUAUUUCUUCUACUUCACAGACUACCUUAGGCCUCUGUUGUUUUAUAAUGGCUCGUAAGUUAUUUUAAACUGACACAACCCCCUGCCCUCCAUGCAUGCCCAGACAAAGCAAGCUGAAAGUUAGCUGAUUUACCCACACAAAAUUGAGCAAAAAAUUUACACUUCGGGCAAAUCAUUCAGAUGUUUAAAUUUUUGAAAAAGACAAAUUUUUCGCUUCACUGUAGAACUCUAUGAUAAUUUUUUAUUGUGUCAGCUGCAGAUAAAUUUCACAUUAAAAUUUCCAGGUUGAUGUUAAUUGAUAAAAACGUUGAAUGGUCAUGUUGUAUUUGGUUCAAAGUCCAUUUUCAUCCGGCGACAAGGAAAGAAAAAUUGUGUGAAUUUAUGUUGAGGUUACCAGCCUUUGUGUCUGCCUGUAAAUGUAUAUUCAGAGAUAUCUAUCGCCAAAGUAAUUUGUUUAAAAUUGCUACGGCAUCUUUUCAUUGGUUGUCGCACCCUAACAAAUUUUUUCCCUUGGCAAGGACGUUCAUUUCCAUUUUUCAGGCUCUUGUUCAAAUGAUAGGGGAAUAAAGAAGUGUGACAUUUGGUAGAAAGUUUUCUAUAGUUUAGGAAAUCUUUAUGGAAGGAGCCGUUUAACAAUGAUAUGAAAAUUUACAAUGGUUGACUGCCCCAAGUAUGAACAACUCGUUUUUCUCUUGACUUUUUUUCAAUUUAUUUGCUCUUUGGUUGAUAAGCUCCAACCCCUUUUGACACUAGGACAUAUUUCUUGCUAGGACUUAAUGCGUGUUUAAACUGUGUUUGAAUCCAGAGGCAUCGUGUUAGAUUUAUGCAGCAGUACCUAAUGCAACACUUUUCUAAAAGCUAUUUUCAGUCGAUUUACUCUUUUGAUAGAUCGAGUGUCCAGCGUCUUGCAUAGGUCUAUGAAUGAUGCCCCUGGAUAUGUCUGUGUGUUUUAGCACGGAAAAUAUCUCUUAUGAUAACGAUAGACGCACAACCGAUAAGUGUAUUGUAACGAGUUUCUUGGAUAUGUAUUUUGUUUUAGAUACCCAGAAAGAAGAAAGAUGCCCCCUAUGUGAGAUAGAUCCCUUAAGUUGUUGCUAUGCAGUUCUCUAUCACCUGUUUUCUAUUUCUAUGUUCUGUUGUUGACUUUAUCGUGUUGUACAUAGAUAGUUGUGAUGAAAAGAAUUUUGAACUAUAUGAUAAUGAACUUUA